UGCAGUGCUGCUUGUGUUUCUGUAGCCUGUAGCUUAGGGAAACGCAUAGAAUCCUGGAGGAGACGUUCAGAUACAGAAAGCGACAUUUCAUUAAUUUCAUAUUUAUUGGUUAGCCUAUAGCAAAAUCGAUUAUGACCAUAUUACCGUGUUGCUAAGGUUUUUGGAUUUUCGAAUAAUAGGACUGGAGUGAGAUGGCAUCGCGAACCGGCGAGAGAAAUCUCGAGCAGAGAUAGAGUGUGUCUCGCUCGCGCAGCCUUCUGCACGAUGAGCGUAGCUCUGCAAGACCUGCGGAACAAUAUGUCCAACUACAAGCGCACAACAUUUGAAGAGGAUGAUGUGGCCGACAUGCCGGCGGAUGGAGCCCUCUCCCCUGACAGCGUGGAGAUUGGCAUCAGGAAGGGUGGGUUUCAGCUCCUGGGCCCUCUGGGCAGGAUGACGCAGCUGGAAGUGAUUCUUUCAGGCCUGCUCUUGGCCUCUCUGCUGGCUCUGUUUGGCUGUGGCCUGACCUUAGGUGUCCGCUACAGCACAGACCCUGGCCGUAGCUUGUGCCUGACGGAGGCCUGUGUCACGGUGGCUAGUAAGAUUGUGGAAGCCCUGGAUCGCCAGGCAGACCCCUGCCAGGACUUCUACCAGUACGCAUGCGGGGGCUGGGUCCGCAAGAACCCCCUGCCCGACGGGAGGUCCCGCUGGAGCACCUUCAACAGCAUCUGGGACCAGAACCAGGCCAUGCUCAAGCACCUUCUGGAGAAUGGCACGUUUAACUCCACUAGUGAGGCUGAGCGGAAGACCCGGGACUACUACUUGUCCUGCCUGAACGAGCAGCGAAUCGAGGAGCUGGGAGCCCAGCCUCUGAUCGACCUCAUCGCCAGGACAGGUGGCUGGAACAUUACAGGCCCCUGGGACAAGGACAAUUUCAUGGAGGUUCUGAAGACUGUUUCUGGGCCGUACCGGGCCCAGCCCUUCUUCACCAUUGGGGUCAGCGUGGACCCCAAGAAUUCCAACAGCAACGUCAUCCAGGUGGACCAGUCGGGGCUCUUCCUGCCUUCUCGGGAUUAUUACCUCAACAAAACUGCCAAUGAGAAGGUGUUAAAGGCGUACUUGGUCUACAUGGUGGAGCUGGGCGUGCUACUGGGUGGAGACCACAACUCCACUCAGAGCCAGAUGCAGCAGAUCCUGGACUUUGAGAUGGCCCUGGCCAACAUUACCGUACCGCAGGACGAACGCCGCGACGAGGAGAAGAUCUACCACAAGCUCACUAUCGCUGAGCUGCAGAUCCUGGCCCCAGCUGUGGACUGGCUGGACUACCUGUCCUCAGCGCUGUCCCCACUGGACCUGAAUGACACAGAGCCUGUGGUGGUCUAUGCCAAGGAGUACCUGCAGCAGGUGUCUGACCUCAUCAACAAGACAGACCGCAGUCUGCUGAAUAACUACAUGAUGUGGAACCUGGUUCAGAAAGGGGCAUCCAGUCUGGACCAGCGCUUUGAAAAUGCUCAGGACAAACUGCUGGAGAGUCUCUAUGGCACCAAGAAGUCCUGCACACCCCGGUGGCAGACCUGCAUCGGAAACACCGACGACACGCUGGGAUUCGCCCUUGGAGCGCUCUUUGUCAAGGCAACCUUUGACAAACACAGCAAGGCCAUCGCGGAGGAGAUGAUCAAUGAGAUCCGGACAGCUUUCAAAGAUGCGUUGGACAAACUGAAAUGGAUGGAUGGACAGACACGACAGGCAGCCAAGGACAAGGCGGACGCAAUCUAUGACAUGAUCGGUUUCCCAGACUUCAUUUUGGAUCACAAGGAGCUGGACGAUGUUUAUGAUGGGUAUGACGUCUCUGAGGACAACUUCUUCCAGAACAUGCUCAAUUUCUACAACUUCUCUGCCAAGGUGAUGGCUGACCAGCUACGCAAACCACCAAACAGAGACCAGUGGAGCAUGACUCCGCCCACAGUAAAUGCCUACUACAUGCCCAGCAAGAAUGGUAUUGUUUUUCCUGCUGGAAUCCUGCAGGCACCUUUCUAUGCUCACGACCACCCAAAGGCUCUGAACUUUGGGGGAAUCGGAGUGGUGAUGGGGCACGAGCUGACCCACGCCUUUGAUGACCAGGGCAGAGAAUAUGAUAAGGAUGGGAACCUUCGACCCUGGUGGCAGAAUUCCUCAGUGGAGGCAUUUAAGAAUCGGACCGAGUGCAUGGUGGACCAGUAUUCCCAGUACACCAUCAAUGGGGAGCACAUCAACGGCAAGCAGACGCUCGGAGAGAACAUUGCCGACAACGGAGGCCUGAAGGCUGCCUAUAAUGCGUACAAGUCAUGGGUUCAGACAAACGGUGAAGAGAAGCAGCUGCCAGCGGUGGGCCUCACUAACGACCAGUUGUUCUUUGUUGGAUUUGCACAGGUGUGGUGUUCGGUGAGGACCCCAGAGAGUGCCCACGAGGGCCUGAUAACCGAUCCCCACAGUCCCCCCAAGUAUCGUGUGAUUGGCACUCUCUCCAACUCCCCAGAUUUUGCCCAGCACUUCAACUGCCCGGCUGGCACGCCAAUGAACUCGGGCCAUCGUUGUGAGGUGUGGUAAAGUGAACGGGCAAAGUGAAGGACACAGGGAGCAGCCACAGGAGUAUGACCUGCCCCCUCAAAACACUGGACUUCUUACUGAUUUUUCUUUUCCUUUUUGUAGUAGAAAACAAAACAAUGCUGGAUUCUUAAAGGGGCUUUUGGAUAAACAAAGGGUGAAGGACGAGAGGGAGAGGGAAAGUGUCACUGUGUUAAUAUUUCUGUCUCGCUAUUUGUGGACGACUGUUUCAACUCUCUCUGACCCUCCUGCUGGUCUGUGUGUUCUCUGAGGAGCAGGCUUGUGUUUAUUUAUUGUGUGCUGAACUAGGGGAGGGUGGAUGGGCAGUUUGGGGUGGGGUGGUAUCUUCCUUCAUCUUUCUGUGCGUCUGUGUUUUCCUGGCUUUGUGCCCUGUUUACAACUUCAACUUCCUGUUGAGGAGGAAGACCACUGUGACCUCACAGGAAAUGCUGGACUCCACUGUGACCUCACAGGAAGUGCUGAACUGGCUGUGAUUCAGACUGCAAGGAUAGCCAGUACUCGCUUACACACCUUUCCUUUGUUUUGUCAUUUAUGUGUGUUUUGGUGUUGACAAAAUUGAAAUGAGAUGCUCAUUUUAUAUUGCUUCUGCCAAAGAAUAGUAUUUCUUUACUUGGUUAUUUGUGUGUAAAGGGGAAGCGUCCUCCUGGUCAAAUGAAGUCCCGUUUUCCGUCAAAUGAUACGCAGAAGCCAUUUGAUGAAAUGUGCCACAUAGUGUGAUGUUUACCGCUGGCAGGGUGUUGGUAGGAACGUACAUGGACAGGCACGUGUUUGCAUGUGCAUUUGUUUGUGUGUGUGCGCACCAGACUCCACACUCAUGUCACAUCCAUUACAGCAGUGCUAUGCUCAUAGUAAUACAAGAACCUACAUUUCAAAAACCACUAACUUGCUGUAAAAAGGGAUUCUAAGUGUUUUAACCUUCCUGGUCAAAGCAUUUUGGGUUAUUCUCAAUCUGUGUGCAGGUGGCUGUGACAUGCCGCUAGCUAAUCCCUGAUUGGUUGUCAGCAUGGCGAUUCAGUGUACUGGGUAGUAAAGACACGCACAUUUGCUUUCUUUCACUGAAAUGGGAGAGAUGAAAGAUAAGCAGGGGGGUGGAGGUGAGUGUUCACUCUGCCCACAGAGUCCCUGUAUCUGUACAAGGGUGUUUCACCUGUUGCGUUGUUUGCUGCAGCUCUGUAUAUCCAGUCUCACUGUUGACACCUGUUGGCUGUGUGUGUCCACUGCACUGCUUCCUGGCACUGGCAGCUCUCUGCUUUGUGUGUUUGUGACUCCUCUCACUGUGUGUGAAAGCAGUCUAGUCUAAAUGUAUGCCAUGUCUUUUUAUGGAUCUCUCCAUUUAUACGUAUGUUCCCACUGUGUUGCUUCUCUUAUCUUGUUUGCGGUCCAGCAGACUUCAGAUGUUGACGGGACUGAGGUCCCUUGUAGGGUUUCAAGGUCACCUGUGUGUGUGUGUGUGUGUGUGUGUGUGUAUGCACGCCCUUAAAACAUGAGUGGUUUGGGUGAGUUGUCAGGGGAGAGGGAGUUGCGUUAGCCUUAAGUAUUUACGAAAAGGAAACAAAAUCUAUACAUAUAUUUAAAAGUGCAAGCAAAAUAGAAACUUGAAGUCUAAAUGCCUUUAAGCAGCUGUUGCCAUUAAGUGAUAUUGCUCGCUCUCUGGAUUAGUGUGCCGUAUCCCCAGUUGCAUUAAAGGUUUGCUUCAUGCGCUUCCUCAUCCUACCCUCAGACUGCCAGGUUAACCAAUCAGGAUCCAGAAUUCCUGAUGACUCAGAAUUUGGUCUGGCCAAUCAAGCUUCAGGUCCACCUCAGAACCAAGCAAGUGGUUCUGGAGGAUGUAUCUAAAAGUGCAUUGUUGUUGAACACUGAUUGGACCACAGUAGCUCUGCAUUGAUUGGACAAUGGGGAAAGUGCUGACAGCCCGUCAGCACAGCGGCACUAUUCCGUGCGUUCUACGUUAACCUGUGUCAAGUUUUUGCCUUAUUUAAUUUCGGUUCUUGUUCAGAUUGUGUUUUAUUUUCUUUAUUUUCACCAGAUUAUUUCACACUGAUUCACAGUAUUUGUUUCUUGUUGGAUGUUUUCAGUUUUUGUUAAAAUCGAAGGAAGGAAAGGCCAGUUGUGUCUGACAUGGGAGGCAUUAAGUCUCACCCGCAUUCUGCUUUAGUUAAAGACUGUAAAUGGAAAUGAAACAGAAAUAAAGAAUAUAUUAAAAUUAAAAUUAUUUAAGAAACACA